AUGUUGACAGCGAUGUUCUUGGCUGCUCUCAUUCUCAUUACGGUACAUUCGCAGGAAACAGAGGAAACCAUAACAUACACGCAAUGUACAGAUGGCUAUGAAUGGGAUCCUGUUAGGCAACGGUGUAAAGAUAUUGAUGAAUGUGAAAUAGUCCCAGAUGCAUGUAAAGGUGGGAUGAAAUGUGUUAACCACUAUGGAGGAUACCUCUGUCUACCUAGAACAGCGCAAAUUAUUGUAAAUGAGCGAGAAGAAGCAGCAGCUGAAUCCACUAGUGGUCGAAACAACGUCAUUCGACGGACUCCAGCUGAUCCUCACCGUGCCCCUCCAAACCCAACUCAUCAAAUUCAGUGUGCGGCUGGGUACGAGCAGAGUGAUCACAAUGUGUGCCAAGAUAUAGAUGAAUGUGCAACUGGAGCCCAUAAUUGUAGAGCUGACCAAGUAUGUGUCAAUUUAAGAGGGUCCUUCAGCUGCCAGUGUCCUCCGGGCUAUCAGAAACGCGGGGACCAGUGCAUUGACAUCGAUGAAUGCACCCUGCCUCCCUAUUGCCACCAUCGAUGCGUGAACACUCCCGGGUCCUAUUACUGCCAGUGCAAUGCCGGCUUCCAGUUGGCAUCCAACAACCACACCUGUGUAGACAUAAACGAAUGUGAUGCCAACAACCCAUGUGCACAACAGUGUUACAAUAUACUGGGUUCUUUCAUCUGUCAGUGUAAUCCAGGAUUUGAGUUAAGCAGUGACAGAAUCAACUGCGAAGACACUGAUGAAUGCAGAACCUCGAGUUACAUCUGCCAGUAUCAGUGUGUCAAUGAACCAGGCAAAUUCUCGUGCGUCUGCCCUGAAGGAUACCAGGUAGUAGGAGGCAGAACAUGUCAAGAUAUAAAUGAGUGCGAGACCACUAAUGAAUGCAGAGAGGAUGAAAUUUGCUGGAAUUACCAUGGAGGAUUUCGUUGUUACCCAAGAAAUCCUUGUCAAGAGCCCUACGUCCUUACAUCUGAGAACCGCUGCGUCUGCCCCGUAUCAAACGCCAUUUGCCGAGAGCUGCCCUACUCCGUUGUGUACAAAUACAUGAGCAUCCGUUCAGACAGAACGGUGCCCUCCGAUAUCUUCCAGAUUCAGGCAACCACUAUUUACCCUAAUACUAUUAACACCUUCCGGAUCAAGUCUGGAAAUGAAAACGGAGAAUUUUACCUGAGACAAACAAGCGCCGUAAGUGCAAUGCUUGUACUGGUGAAAUCACUAUCAGGACCAAGAGAACACAUCGUGGAUCUGGAGAUGUUAACAGUCAACAGUUUGAACUACCGUACAAGCUCGGUGUUAAGAUUAACAAUAAUAGUGGGACCUUACGCAUUUUAGUGGUUUUCAAUAACUCUUCACUGGCACUUAAAGCAGCCAAAGAAUAUUAUCUUAAAGAAGGCACUUACUAUUUUAUUUAUAGAUUUUGCUCUCUUUUUUUAAGAUUUGUUUAGUAAGUUGAUAUGUUUAAUCCACACAUUACACCCGUAAUUCAAAAUUAGUAGAUGUGUUCCAUAGUAUAACAUGGGCAUUGUCACUUUCUGUAUAAAGAUUUCAAUCUUUUUUAUUACCUUUCUUGGACUAGAUACAUACUAUGCUUUUGUACGAGAACUGUACGUUCAUACUAUCCUGUAAAACUUCACACACCCUUCCUAGCCAAAUAGGGCAUGCCAUUAAAAAGUGAUCUUCUGUGUUGUUUUUAUUUUAAAUUCUAAUGCAGCUACACUGACAAUCUCAAAA